AUGUUCACCACUUCUGUCCUCUUUGGCGUCCUCUCGGUCCUCGCACACUGCAGCCCUGCCUUUGCUGACGCCUCGACCUGGCGCCAAGGCUUCCCGCCUGCCGACAAUCAGCCGUGCUAUGCUGAUGGCAAAUUCGGUUUGCUCGACGGUGCGCUGUGUGUCGUCGCUGACGCGGCGAUCACCAAGCGCUCCGGUCUUCUCGGUGGCGGUCUUCUCGGCUCCGACCAAGGCUACCGCCCCACCGGUCCCACCCCGUAUGGCUUCGGCUGGUUCCACCCUGGCGCGUUCCAGGCGGGCGACAGGUGCUGGCAGAAUGACCGCGAGGGGUCUAUCAUCGACGCUCUCUGUGUCAUCGCCGAGAUCAACAUCGGUGAUGGCAACUCUCAGCCCUUCAACGGAUGGUUCGACAAGCCCUACUACGGCUACGGCCACCGUUUCGGAUGGUACCAUCCCGGCCCGUACCUCAAUGGCGACAGGUGCACCCAGGACGGCCGAGACGGUAUAGUCCAGAACUCCCUCUGUGUUGACGUCGAUGCCACUACCGGCCGCGGCACAGACGGCGGUCUCCUCAAGGGUCUCAACCUCGGCCGUCGCAACGUCUGGGGUCCCGACUACUGGGCCGAGCCCCGCUUCAGCCCCGAUAACGACUUUGGGUGGUUCCACGACGGACCCUUCGCCAACGGCGACCGGUGCUGGUCCGACGGGUGGUACGGGACCGUCACCGACUCAUCUUGCCUCCUCGCCAAGGUGGACGUCAACCUCAAGCGGGACACCCUCGAUCUCACUGACAUCCUCAACGGCGCCGGCCGAUCCAGCUACACCAACAGCGAGCGGUGCUUCAAGAACGGCGUAUGGGGCAGGUGGUGGCACAACGACUGCAACAUCAUCGCCGACGACUCGGACAACACCCAGCUCCUCCCAUUCAAGAACGGCGACAAGUGCUGGCGCGCCGGCAGCUGGGGUAUCUGGUCGGGAUCCGACUGCUCGCUACUCGGUAUCGACCUCAACUUGAAGCGUCAUCACACCGGCGUGCCCUCCUUCUCGCGUUUGGGCCAGGGUAUCCCUUGCAACGCUAACGGGCACGAGGGUGUACUCCGCGAUGCCGUCUGCGUCGUGGCCGAGCUCGACGUCAACCUCAAGCGCGACCAUGACGAGGAGGUCGCCCACGGUGUCAAGGACAGCUUUGAGGGCGCGUCGUACGCUGACGACGAGGACGAGGAGAACGACGAGGAUGUCGAGCCUGCCCAGCCCGGAUCCGAGGAGGAGGAGUACGACGAGCAGAUGGAGAGGCGUCUUCUCGGCUACGAGAUGGGUCAGAACCACGGGAACGCGGUCGGCAAGACUGUCAGCAAGGUACUCAAGGGCAUCAAGACUCGCAACCUCCUCAACGGCCUCGGCGGACUCGGCGGCGCUGGCGGCUCCCGAGAGAUGCCUGACCUCAAGCAGCUCAAGCAACUCGACCAGCUCAACCAGCUCAGUCAGCUCAACCAGCUCGGCGGCUUGACCGGCUCCCGCAAGAGUGGUGUCAAAUCGGACGGUCUCCUCGGUAACAUCGUCGGCGGUGGUCUGCUCGGCAAGCGUGACUUUGGGCACACCGACACGCAGAAGCUCUCCGAGUUGAUGGAGUCUAUCGGCCUCGCCCGUCGUUCCCAGCCUACCUCCGAGAUGGCCGCUCGAGAGUUGCACGAACUCCUCCACAAGAUCACCUCGAUGAAGUCUACCGGCUCGCACCGCAACUAG